UAAAGUAGAAAUAAAAAAGUAUUUUUUAUUUUAUAUUUUUAACAAAAAAAGAUGUGUGAAAAUUGCAGUGAAGUGAGUUCUGUUCCACUAGAGUUUGAUGGUGGUGAGCUAAGCUAAGAACACAAACAAAGCCUCCUCUCAUUCAUUCACCACUUUGAUGAAAAACCCAACCAAAAUCAGAGAAGAAACUCACUUUCAUCAUCAUUAUCAUUUUCACUCUCAACCCUUUUGAUCUUUCUUCUUUCUAUUUCUCUUUCCAUUUUCUAGAGUUUAAAUUUAUAAAGAGAGAGAAAGAAAGCUAUGAGAAGUUCCCUUUUCUUGUUGGCUCUCACAACACUUGUUUUUGCUUACACUCUUCACUUUCAAUCUCUUGUUGAUGCUGCUCCAGCUGGGCCAUUGAUAAAGCAUUUGUCUACUCUUGUUAAAUGGACCAGGUCAUCCUCUAAAACAACCCAAUCAGAUGGGAAUUUUCUUCAGUUUGAAGAUGGGUACUUAGUUGAAACUGUUCUUCAAGGGAAUGAUAUUGGAGUUGAACCUUACAGAAUUCGGGUUUCGGAAGAUGGUGAAUUGUUUGCUGUUGAUUCUGUUAAUAGCAAUGUUGUCAAGAUCACUCCACCAUUGUCCCAAUAUAGUAGGGCAAGAUUGGUUGCUGGGUCAUUCCAAGGUUACAAAGGGCAUGUGGAUGGAAAACCGAGCGAUGCUCGUUUUAAUCAUCCCAAAGGUGUUACAAUGGAUGAUAAGGGGAAUGUUUAUGUUGCUGAUACUUUGAAUCUCGCCAUCAGAAAGAUCAGUGAUGCCGGUGUUACAACGAUUGCGGGAGGAAAAUCAAAUGUUGUGGGAUACAGAGAUGGACCGAGUGAAGAUGCCAAAUUCUCGAAUGAUUUCGAUGUGGUAUACAUUCGGCCUACUUGUUCGUUGUUAGUUAUCGAUAGAGGAAAUGCUGCUCUGCGUCAAAUCUCUCUCAACGAGGAGGAUUGUGAUUAUCAAUACAGUUCGAUUUCUCCCACAGAUGUUCUUAUGGUUAUCGGUGCUGUCUUGGUAGGAUACGCUACAUGCUUGCUUCAGCAGGGAUUCGGACCAUCUUUCUUCCCGAAAAUGCAGCCAUUAGAGAAUGAUAUUAACGGGAAACCAAGCGAGGAGAAACUCAUUCCCGUCAUGGAAGGCACGAAAGAUGAACCGGGAUGGCCAUCUUUUGGACAACUCAUCAUUGAUCUAUCGAAGCUCGGGCUUGAAAUGUUGGGUGGAUUGUUUCUUUACUUUGUUCCCUCUCGUUUGAGAUCCAUUAAUGGCGCUAAGAAAGGCCUCACACCUUUGAAAGAUACUCUCAAGAUGCCAGAAGACAUAGUCAAGCCUCCUCCUCCAUCUAUGCAGAGACAAAGUGCUCCUGUGCCUAUUACCGAAACUCGCCAUGUCCAUGCACCACCCAAUGUAAGUGAUAAUAAUAAGUAUUCAGAUUUGAAGCCCGCUAAGAUUAAAUCGAGCAGUUUUAAGGAUCCAUCAUUGUCAAGCAAACACCGAUCCUCGAAAAGACAGGAGUAUGCUGAAUUUUAUGGUUCGGGUGAAGUGGCCCCGCCUCCUAGUGGAAGGUCUAAGAGCCAAAAGGAAAGAACAAGACAUCGUCAGCAGCGUGAGAAGAGUGGCGAGGUAGUUUUUGGAGAGCCGAAACCUGCUUCUGAGGUUAAGCCGGUGAAUUAUGACAACCCGAAAUUCGAUCAUUACAACAUGAGGGCAAGGUAUGCACCUGAUGGUUCCUUCCGAUUUUGAGUAACUCUACAGCUAUGUUGGAUUGGAUUUUCGAAAAAUGCCAUUCAUUUUCGAGCUUUUCCGAAGAUCAAGUUCUUUAAAGUCUGUCUGUCUGUAACUAAUGAUGUAUGUUUUAGAAAGAAAAAGAAAAAAAAAAAAAAGAAAUACUGAUAGGAUUGAAAAAUCAACAACAAUUAACUGAUGAUUUUAGUUGUUGAGAGAAGCUUUUGACCAUGUUGUUGUAGAAGAUUGAAAGCCAUUUUUAUGUACUAAAAGUUGUUGGUAAGCUCAAAAUGUACUGAAGUUCUUCUCUUUUGUAUGAUUUUUGCUUGAAUGGGUUGAAUUGAAAUUUCUUAAAGCAAAA